CCUAUAACCAAAAGGCUUUUGUAUUGGUGACCUGGACUUUUUUCAUUGUUAAAAUUUACGCAGGGAAUUUCUCACUUCUUUUUCACUGUCGCAUAAAUACUGGUGAGGUACUGAGCACAGCAUCGCAGAACUCGAGUGCAAAAGAGGGCUGGUGUCAAUUUCUCAGUCAAGAUGAUUAUGUUAUUACUCAGUGCCGUGCUUUUCAUCAUCCAACCAGCAGGGGGCAGCAGCCAGCAUGAUCAGCUCGUACCAAACGUGAUUGUGGUGGAGAAGGAGCUGCAGACCGCCAUUGAAGUGCCCCUGCGCUGUGGGGGUGAGUACGAGGGCAUGGACAUAUCGUGGAGGCGCGAGGGCACCCCGCUGCCCAAACGGGGGAACCACAUCAACGUCACCGUGGAGGAGAUGAUGGGCGGCAACUUCACCUGCCACGACAGCGCCGGAGCCGUCCUCAACCACCAGCUGCUGCUGGUGCAGCUGAGCCGCCGAGACAACGACAGGAGGAUCCUGGAGAAGACUGAUGGAGACUACAUAAAAUGUUUGUCCAGAAACUACAGCGGAAUUUUCCACUGCUCGUGGAACUGGAGUCCGAAUCGGGUGGGGACUGUUGUUCACGUCAGCGCUCAGCGGUCCUCAAACAGGGACAACAUCACCUGUACGGUGGACGAGAAUGAAUCCGGGAUCACCUGCCUGGACCAGUUCCAGUGCUCGUACGCAGAGGAGCUGGACUACAUCACCCUGAGUGUGCACAUCCGGUACAUGUACCGCCUGGAAAAGUACACCAGCCAGUUCUCCAUCUCUGAAAUCGUGAAACCAGACAAGGUCAGCAUCACCAAACUCAGCGGCAACACAUUUGAAAUGGAGUACCCCAGCACAUGGAGCCUGCCCAAAUCCUACUUCCCCCUCACCUUUCACAUCAAAGUGAUGCCCCUCCGGAAAGGCGGGGACUGCAGCAAUGAGCAAGUCCAGGGGAGCCGCACGCAGAACCGGACCGUCUCCGUUGGCAACAGGAGGGAAUUCCGCCUGUGCGUCCGCGCCCAGGACGAGCUGUGCAACUCCAGCUGGAGCGACUGGAGCUUCUACGAGGUGAAAAGACGGUAAUGAACACAACAUGGAGGCUGAGAUAGGCAAGCAAAGAAGACUGACUGAAAGAAGUAUGAUGCUCGGUGUUAGUGUCAGAUUCAUUGUCACUGCCCUGCUAUUUCACACCAUUACUAUAUCUUUUUUUGUUAUUUGACUAGUCUGUAUUAAGAAGAGGUGAAGCAGAUACAGAGACAAUAAGCUACAUGAUCAUAUGGUUUAAUGAAGUCUUUAAAUCUUUAAAGAAUCAUUUUUAUUUAACUUAUAAAUUCUUUGUCUGUGUAUAAAGCUGUGUUUAAAUAAAUUAUGGAAACAAAAUGGCAAUUAAGCUAGCUAGAAACUUGUUAGUACUAGAUAGUAUUUUUGGCAAAUAAAGCAUAAAGUUUGAUGAAACCUGA